AUGUCUCAGAUUCCAAAGCAGUUCGAACGUGGAUUCAAGUUUCCCGUUCAAGAUCAGGAUCUCCCUGAUCUUCAGGCGGAACUCGACCCCGAGCCUAUCAGCGACAUUACAGCUGAUGGGAAGCACUACAAGGCCGCUGGGAAGUUGGAAGGGGAAAAGGCGCUCGUCACCGGAGCGGACAGCGGGAUUGGCAGGGCUGUUGCCAUUUUGUUUGGUAAAAAAAAGGACAUUGCGCGCACCGUUCAGAUGAUCGAGGAGAAAACGAACGAUGUCCGUAAAGUGGUGACGGUCGAGUCAGACCUGACAUCCGAAGACAACUGCAAAGCCCUCGUCGCGAAGCACAUCCAGGCUCAUGAAGGCACCCUCGACACAUUACUUUUGACACCAACAUCAAUGCCUUUUUCUAUAGUCAAGCAUGCUAUACUACAUAUGCCCUCGGGGAGCUCUAUCACGUUCAACGCAUCCAUCAACUUCGCCAAAGGACACCCCAAGCUUGUCGAUUAUACUGCAACCAAGGGUGCUAUUGUUGGUUUCAUGCGCGCCCUCAGCAAUCAAAUCGUCGCUGAGCGCGGCAUUCGGGUAAACGCGGUCGCUCCUGGUCCAAUCUGGACGCCUCUGAUCGUCACGACGAUGACGAAAGACUCGAAAGAACAGCCGAUUGAAAUCGCGAUGUUCUUUGUCUUUCUUUCUAGUGCGGACUCAAGCUACAUGUCUGGGCAAGUAUUGCACCCCAACGGCGGAACGGUCAUUGCUUGA